CCGUAAAGUUGUGAAAAAAGGAAAAGGUUUUUUUACUAGGUGUCUUGCAUUGACUUUCUUGUCUAUGAUUCGAUCUAUAAUGUUUAUGGGCAUUUGAGGCAAGUGUACGCUGCCAUUUUUCCACGAUAUAAAUUGGAUAUAAAAGCAAAUUAAAACAAGCAAAAUGCCUGAGAUGAUCAAAUCGCCCGACCAGAUCAAAACCGCGCCCUUCGACCCGCGGUUCCCUAACCAGAACCAGACUAAAUACUGCUACCAGAGCUACCUCGACUUCUACCGCUGCCAGAAGGUCCGAGGCGAGAAGUACGAGCCAUGCCAGUACUUCAAACGCGUCUUCACCUCCCUCUGCCCCAUCGAUUGGGUUGAGAAGUGGGACUCCCAGCGUAGCGAGGGCACGUUCCCUGGCAGGAUCUAAACUAGUUACCAUUGUAUAUGGCCAAAUA